AUGUGCACUAUCCCUGUCGGCGAUGUCGAGGUGCCGUUUCCCUUUAACCCGUAUCCGGCACAGGUUGAAUACAUGCGUGCCGUUAUCGACGCCUUGAACGGCCGUGCCAACGCCCUACUGGAGUCUCCCACAGGGACUGGCAAGACGCUCUCCCUCCUCUGUUCUGUCCUCGCCUGGCUAGAAAAGAGGCAGGCGAGGCAGCAGCGGGGACCUGAAAGCGAAGGAGCCGACAUGCCUCGAGUAAUAUACUGCAGCCGUACACAUGCUCAGUUGAGUCAAGUAAUUCGGGAGCUAAAGCGAACACGUUAUGCUGGUGCCGUUGCAAUGGCGGUUUUAGGCUCCAGAGAACACAUGUGUGUCAACCCCCAGGUGCUUCGCCUUCCGACGGCCCAAGCGCAGCAAGGUACGUGCAACACACUUCGGGAGGAAAAAAACUGCCGCUUCUACCGCGGCUUUCAGGCCCGGAGCAGCCACAACGCAGUCAUGCAGGACGAAAAGUGGAUACACGACAUGGAGGAUUUGGUGUCGGACGGUCGAAAAUGCGGCUACUGCCCGUAUUAUUCGGAAAGAGAACAGGCAAAGGAGGCGGAAUUGGUGUUUCUUCCGUACAACUACUUGUUUGAUGUCUCCAUCCGCAAGCAGCUUCCGUUUGAGGUAAAGGGAUCCAUUUUAAUUGUAGACGAGGCACACAACUUGCCCUCUGUCUUAGCCUCCUCGUCGUGCAUGAAUCUUCAGCCCAUUGAACUGACAAAUGCCAUUCAUGACUGUUCCAGGGCUAUCGCAAUGCAACGGCUCUUGAGGGAGUCCGCUGCUGCGGACGACGACUCACAGGAUGGCUUAAUGGAAGAACAGGAGUUUGCCUCUCUGAAAAUUAUUUUGUGUCGCUUGGAAUCCUGCAUUCUUGAGGAGCGUGGGGGUGAUAAGAAGACGACGGAGGAGGUGACGUCUCGCGCUGAGGACAUCGGCGCCUCGACGGUGACUGAAAUUGUGCAAGAGGGUUCGUACAUGUUUCCAUUUCUGGCGAAGGCACUCAUCACGAGGGAUCUGUUUCUCGGCGGCGCCAAUCAUCGACAGGGCGGCGGGAUGAACGACGUCAUGACAAAGGCGAUCGCCGCGUUGGCGCAAAGUGAGAGUGCCGCAUCGGGCCUCUCAAAGGUUCAGCAAUUCCUGACGUUUGUGUUUGAGCGAGACGGAGACGGCGACGAUGAUGAGGCGUGUCGCUUUGUUUUGCAGGGGACGAAAUCCACCGACCGGGGCUCCAACCAGCGCUCGCUUGGGUACUGGUGCCUUGACACCUCACACGCUGUGCAGACGCUCGUGACUGGGCUUCGUUCGCUGCUGCUCACAAGUGGGACGCUCUCACCGCUGGAACACUUUGCCGCGGAACUUGGGGUCCCAUUUGGGGUUGCUCUCAAGGGCGCCCACGUCAUUCAACGGAAUCAGGUGCUUGGGUGCGUGCUAUGCAAAGGACCUAGUGGCGAAAAGCUGAAUGGGGGCUAUGCGUACCGCAACAGUGUCGACUACCGCGUGGGUUUGGGUAUGUCGCUAGUAAACAUCGCACGCAACACACCUGGCGGUGUUCUUGUGUUUUUCCCAAGCUACGUGGCGUUGAACGCCGCGGUUGAGUUGUGGCGUGCUGGCAGCGGUCGCGUGGGCGACACUGUGACGGUCUGGGGAAUGCUGGAGGAGCUGAAACCGGUCUUUGUGGAACCCGUGGAGGCGGCCAAUCUUCAGACGAUUGUCUCUAGUUUUCAACGCGAGGUGGACUCCGCCCCGUCGCGUGGCGCCGUGUUACUAGCCGUGUGCCGUGGGAAAAUCAGCGAGGGUAUUGAUUUUGCAGACAACCAUGGUCGUUGCGUGGUGGUGGCGGGGAUACCCUUUGCAAACCACACGGAACUGUUUGUGCGCCUCAAGCGGGCGUAUUUGACGCGGGUGGCGUCGCAUCGGCCAAAGGUGCGUGGAAAACUUUUUACCGGGGAUGACUGGUAUGUUAACGAGGCGAUGCGUGCCGUUAAUCAGUGCGUCGGCCGCGUCAUCCGCCACAAGGACGACUACGGCGUGGUUUUGCUUGCGGACGAGCGGUUUGCCGAACGCCUGGGUGGGCUCUCGGAAUGGGUGGCGGAUCGAUGCACCGUUCAUCGCGAGUUCCGUGAGGCAUACGCGGCAGUGGCGCAGUUUUUUGCCUCUUUUCGACGACGCUCAGGUGACGUUGCGCGUCCUUCUGCUUCCCCCUUUUCUGCUGCGGACAAGGCGAGUGAUGUGCAGGCCGAUGCUCAACGCGUGUCCGCGAGGGAGGAACACGUUCCCGAUUCAGCCGAGAUGGCGUCGCGGUUUGCCUCAGAGCAACUUCGCCGGACGAGGGCCGAAGAGAAUGAACAGGUGCGUCGUCGCAUCGCAGACGCGAGGGAGAUGCCUGCGACGCCUUGCCGUGUGUCCGCCACGAAUGCCAUGACGUCGAAUGAGGGGGGAGGGGGAGAAAGAGGAGGCGCCGCUGCAAAGGCGACGCCCGCGGCAGCGACUGUGCCGACGGCGGCGCGGCCACUGUUCCGGAAGCAGGUGCUGCCUGCGUUGCCCACUGCUGACACCGCGGAGGCGUCUACGGCGCUGGUGGGGACCACCUCGAAGGAAUUUUGUCAGUUUUUAAAGCGGCAGCUGCAGCCUGCAAGUUACGACAAAUUCCGGGAUUACUUAAGACAAAUUGCCACCACCCGCAACACCUCCACGCUCUCUAGCGAUGAGAUGAAGCGGGCGCUUUCCGGCGCGGUGGAGGGUGUCGCGGCGCUCUUCAAGGAGGCUGCAGGGGAGCGGGACGCGGAGUUGCUGAACGCGUUUGGCCAGCACAUCCCAGCGGAGUUUAGGCCGUAUUACAUGCAUUUGCUUCGAAAACGCCGCCGCACCUCCGAGUGA